CCACAAAAACAAGUAGAUAGUUCAUCUGUUCCAUGAUAAAAAGAUCAAGCAUGAUAAUGAAAAUGAACAUGAUGCAGAGACGACGAGUUUACAACCUGCUCUUUUUCGUGGUUUUCCACGCUUUUCACCACUUGGCCAGCCACAUUGUUACUGCAACCCUCCCUUUGAAAUUCCGUGGCCUUCUCGAUACAGCAACGGCUGACGAGCCGGCUGUGGUCUUAUCGUCCCCUUCAGAGGAGGCCAGCGCAAUCGGAGUACUAGAAGAUGAAGAAGAGCUGGUGCUGACCGAAAAUGUGAUGGAUGUAGAGCUGCAUGAGGGGAACAAUAAGGGUGUUGUAGCUGCUCAUGGUGGUCAUGCAUCAUCAUCCUCACGACCAGGAGAUGCACUGCUGCGACCAGAUGAUGGUGAAUCAGGGCCAGCGCUGCAGGGGGAGGGUCAUCCUUUCUUCGCACAGCACGAUGGACACAACAGAAGUGAACCUUCAGCAUCUCCGUAUUCAACCUCAAGCUCGGCGUUGGUGGAAGAGAUUUCGUCAGCGCAUAUGCAGAUGGUUCCAGAUCAUGAAAAUGCAGGAAUGCAUUUGGGACCGUCUCCGAGAACGGAAAAAGAUUUUGAUGCUGUUGAUCCUAGGGAAGAUGCAGCAGAGGAGGAAAAUGGCAAUGGUCCUGCUUCUCGUGCAGAAGGUGGAGCAGAUGAGUUUCACUUCAUACUGAAAGAAAUUGGAGGGCAUGCACACGAACGGGUUCUUAGUAAUAAAGAUGGUACUAGUUGUACUAGUACUGGCACUCACCGUGGUGGAAGAACCAAAAACAACACGUGUGAGGAUGGAGUCGGAGCAGCAGAUCUUCAUAGUUAUAGAAGAACGAGGACCCAUAGUGAAGAUAGUACAGGUACUACUAGAAGGAGCAGAGAUAAUGCUGAUAAAGAAAAAAUAGGAGAUACAACUGGAACAAGUGAACAACAAGUAGAAGUAGUCCAUACGGACUCUGAUGUGAUCGUUGAGGACGACAACCACAACUACAAGGACAGUACAAGUGAACAAAAUGAAGAAGAAGAAGAAGAAGAAGAUGCUGAAGAUAUUACCCCAAAGAGUCAAAGUUGGGAACUACCUGUUCAAGAACUUGAUGUAAUCCAAGAAGCCGAUGCUGGAGGAGUUGGGCACGAUGUGAAAAUACAGCUUGGACCAAGAGAGACUCCGUCUGGUGAUAUGCAGAUGACUCAAGCCGAACAAGAACCUAGCCCUAGAACAAGUACGUGGUCUCAUUUUCAGAAGGUACAAGCAGAAGACAGAGAUGCUGGCUUCCAAGAGGUAAUACCGAAAGAAGCUCUGUCGUCCCCAUCUCCGGAUGAGUCUUCGAAUGACAUGGAUCUGGAAGAUUUUGAAGCUCCUUCAAGCACACAAGAUGCGAACGUUGAAGAGCGCCAACCUAGUCCAAGUCCUGAAGAUUGUGCUAUAGUUCAGUACUCUACAACACAUCAUGAAGUCUGUGUCUAUUGCAGAGUAGAACCUGCGCAGGAGCAUGACUGUCAAGACCUUUCACCUUGCUCUCCAAAAGCUUCUCAAGAAGGCGAACAUGAACAUGGAGUACAACAAGGUCCUAAUCUCGUGGAAGGCGAACUUCAACCACAAGAUGAUCCUAAUCUCGUUUCAUCUCCAUAUGAAAAUCUACUUCAAGAUCGCGGUGGUCAACAUGAUUCCUCAUCCAACGCCAGCACUUGCAACCCUCAACACCAGGGUCCUAGGAACCUGCGUGCUUGGGGCCAUGUCUCUUUUUCUUAAGGCUACCGCUCAAGCAUCCUCAGCAUCAUUCUCGGCCCUUUUUCUACUUGAAAAAAGGACUAAGUUUAAACUCAGGGAUGCCAACGCUGUAGCUCUAAUUUUCCAAUCUCAGAGAUGGAUGGGUUGGUCCUUCGACAUGGAAGGGACGAGUUACUGAAGAACCUGAAGAGGCAGCGCAAGCGCAACCUCCGCAAGUGCAAGAAGAUGGACAUGGAGUAGAAGAAGUACCAGAAGUAGCAACAUCAAUUUCAAUGUCAAGUUCUUGGAAUGAGAUAAGAACGCCCGGGAAUACUUUAUGUUGACACUUGAGAAGGUAUUGGGUAAGUAUCUUCUGAUUUUGAGAUGAUCCCUCAACGUCGUCCAUAACCGUAUUGAUUCCGUUCCGUCGUCUCAUCACGCUAUUUUCUUGUCUCCUUUUCUUAUAUAUGUACUUAUGCCCUCUUCUUUCAUACCCCGACAGCGCUUCCCAGCUCCUUCCCUCCGCAGAGCUGCAAGAGUACGACGUGAUACCUGAGGCGGAUCGUGGUGCUGUAAGUCUGACUCCAGUACCUGAGAUCCUGUUACGACUGAGGGAGCCUCAGACACGCAUAGACCGAUUCCAAAUGCGUGAGCUGAUGGACGAGCUCCAUUUACCAAACCUGAUAGAUUUCUACCUUCUGCACGCAGCAGACGGUCCACACAAUCGCGAAGUACAAUGGGCGAGCUGGAAACAGGAUUUGAAAGGUACAACUUCUAGACGAGAUGUGAAACCCGUGUCUCCUGCUGUUGGUGCCUAUUCGUUCCGACUUAGGCCAUUCUAUCAGACAGGUAUCUUCUAUGUGUUGAUGACCCUAUUAAUCCACGUGUAAAGAAACUACUUCUUGAACCUCUCAUUUCAUCAGAACAACUCCGCAUGGCUCUCGAACGCCACGGGCAGCAUCCACCAGCAACCACGAAACAGAAAGCUUGUAAAACUCGUCCUUGUCCUGGCACCAUCAUUUUCAUGCCCUUGAUGCUGUCCGUGACUGCCAGAGUACGACGUGUGUUGUCAGGCGCGACUGGAGACCACUGGGCUUGUUUAGGCAUCGACGUGAUCAAUCGCCGUAUCGAGUUCUUCGACAGUAAAGCUGAUUUCGCAGCUACGGAAAUCGAUGCCGGUGUAAAUCGAACCCAACUGGUAAAGGAGAUCCUGAAAUAUGCACGACAGAGUGAGGCUUUCCGGAGGCAGACGUUAGGUAGUAUGCGAAGUGAGCGAAGCUGUACGGAAGCUAGUGCUGUAGAUCACGCAGAACUUGGCGGCGUCGAGCAACCCAAGACUACUGGAGAAGGACGAGGACAACCAGCUUUAUGGCUCGUCUUUGCUACAUUUAUUUCUGUCUUAGGAUCAUGUUCGCCUUCUUCGUUUCCAUCAGUGAGUGCUCUUCUUCUUUCGUAGAGAAUCAUUUCGUCGGAACCGUGUAAGUCUUCCUCUUCGUCCACCUACAUCUGUAUUUAUAAUGAUGAAGCAGCCCCUUUUCCCAUCUUUCCCGCUUUCUAACGCCAGCCCUAGUACGCCUGCCGAGUGGUGACGGUUUUAGUGAUCUAACAAUGGGCUACGACAUGAUCCUACCGAAAAACGAAACCACACGGAUUUGUUUCUUGCCCUCAGAUUUGCCGCAAUAUGUAAGGGUAGGCUAAAGGUGCUCCUGUUAAUGCUGUUCGUUUUGCCUUUCUGAAGGAGGAAAGGCAUAACGAACGGGGUAAACGAACAGCAAAGGCCUACCUCAAAAAUAUCAAAACGUACAUGCUUUCUCUUUCACUGCAGGCGCAGGCGUUGGAGUAGCAGCUUGGCCUGGGUCUGGACUUGGAUCUGGGGCCAAAGAAGAGAAGAACGAAACAAAUAAAAAAGUUAUGGAAGUGUGCGUAAAUCUGUCAACGUCUCAGACAAGCGUUGAGUGUCUAACAGAGUUUCAAGGCAGGGAGCAAGAUGACGGUGCUCGUACUUGUAAAGUAGAUGUAGAAAGACCUGCGCUGCAACAAGAUGAUGACCAAGACUUCAUCUCUGAAGAAGGGUAUAAUAUCACGACCACGUCGGCUUCUCCCUUUUCUUCGCCUUUGGAGAUCAGGAGAAAGACGUCAACGACGACAGAGACACCAUUAGGGCUCAAAACAAUUCAUUUCCAGCUGACAUUUUUUUCUGUUUCCCUCUUGGGAUUCUAAAGAAAUGAAUCCAAGAAAUGAAUUGUUUUGAGCUCUAACGCAACUUUUCUUCAAGAACAAGGAUGGAGGUGAAAAACAUUGGCGCGAAUCUUCGACCAAAGAGACACGAGAUCAUCUAGCAGACUAUGUAAUAGAUUACACAACAAGAUAUCUAGAAGAUCUUACGGUUUUGUCCGACGAUCCUUGCAGCCCUCCUUGCCGGGACCGAUCAUCUAAAAAUUCUGAUUCGCUGCGAUCGGCAAAGCAAAAGUCCAGAGGGCUCACCAUUGAUGUAACGACUUUACCAGACGAGUCGUCCUCUAGUGAAGCGCCGUUAUCUCCACCAAACUACUCCGACGAUCAACAUGGUAGCAGAAAUCCUGCAACCACGGCUACUCGAGGACUCAAAGAUAUGCAAGAAAGAAGUGUACUCACACUCAAGAAGUUCGCUAAGACGACUACGACUGAAGUAAGAACGUAGCUUGUCGCCCUAUCUGCACAAAGCGAAAGGAGCUAUACAUCCUUUCGCUUACACCGGCAAAUCUACAACAAGUCAUCGUUCUUCAUCUUCGUCUUGUGCCUUAGUUCUACAUGACUCACUGUCUAAACAUCAUCGGGACGCGGUUGAGGACGAUGGACAACCAAUUGAGGUGAGUCCUGUAGGUGGGUCAUCUUCAACGGGCGGGUUUGAAACUGUAGAAGAGCUCCAACUCCAAGACCAAGAUGAUAAAAAAGUUGCACAGGCGGAUAAUGACUCAGCUGGCAGUACAUCGAUGUCUACUAGACCAGCUUCGAUUGGGCCGCAUGCGUCUUUUCAGAUGCUUCACGACCCCAGCUCGGCUACUGCUUCCCAACAGGCGCAGCUCGUCGACCCUCUAGAAGCCUUCCUAAGAACCGAAAACCUGAUGAAAUUUCGCGAGGAUAGUAAAAGUUGGUGGACGAGUGUGAGUGACGCAGUACUGAAGAUGGGGAAAGCACGUCUGCGACCAACCCAAUUCGUUGUGGAUGAUGAAACGAUCAGAGAGGGAGUUAUGAACAGUUUAAGUAUGUAAGAAGAUGCUUCAUGUUUCGAUAUUGACUUGCAGUAGCACCGUUUAGUUAAAACGAAAAUUAUUUCAUCAAUUAAAGAAAAAAUUUAUCACUACUUGUUGUGCGCAAUAAUCUUAGCAGACGAUGCAGCCGCGAACUGGCUUACUCGUCCCACCUUUUCCGUCUCUGCCACGUGCGGCUUGAAGGAACAGGUCUUUCUGCACGUAGCCAUGCUUCUAUUUCAAAGUGCAUCUUUUUUCCAUACCCUCCCUGUGUUCCACCUUUCCGCUCCCUAUUGUUGAGGCACUUUGUUGAGUUCGGUCCAUCGGUUGUUGUCUCUACUCCGCCUACUGUAGCGUGAGGAGUCGCGAUGAGAGCAUCUCAGUCUCUCUAUUCAAUUCACUGCGCCUCCUCUUCUUCAUCCAAGAUUCGACCUAUUUGUGUCUAUCCUUGUUAGUUUUUCUGUGGCAAUUAAGUUGAUCAAAUCAUUGAUCAACUAUGAUGAUCUCAUCAAUUGCUCUAAACUUCGUUCCACCUUUUUCGGACAUGCGAAUACGAACCCGGCAACCACCAGUAUGGACCAGCUGUCAUAUGUGCAAACAAGUCCCGCCCCAGCUGAGCAGCAGAAUCCAUUUAUGCUAUUGAUGGGAUUGGCCGCAGGAGCUGGACACGUAACUCCCGCACCUUGGGGAGAUCCAUUUCACACCGUGGAAAUCAGGACAAAUUCGAUUCCAUUUGCCGGCAUGCCGGAUCUAGGGACGGGUGGCAGCGUAGGGUCUACUUUCCCUGGGGUUGAUAUCCCGCCAAUGGUUUUAUGGUGGAUGGAAAUUUUCGUUGGUACUAAGGAAGAUGUCUACUAGUUUUACUUGUCUAAAUCAUGGUCACCCUCUUCAGGGAUGAAGUGAAGAUCUUCUUUCUCUUGUCUAAAUCUUCACGGUCAGGGACUCCGUCGAGGAGGAGGAGGAGGAGCAUCAUCCCUUCGGAAACAAGAUGAUGACGGACGAGAACAAGGUGGACUUAGCGGGUCUACAACAGAUUCGCUUCGAGUUUCAUCAGAUCGCAGGGUUUUCACCAGAAAAGAUCGAACAACAAAAAAUGAUGGUACUAGUACAACUGGUGUUAUGCAGCAACCCUCUACUAAGGCUAACUCUCGUUCCAGUGCCACAGGGACAGGUAAUUCAACAUCUUCUACCACGCCAUGUUUUGCUGGUGCAACAGGAAGCCUCUCUGUCUCUUCGGGAGAUAGACAAGAGAUAGAGAAGACAGGGCGAUCCACUUCUUGGCGAGCCCUCACUGUCCCAGAGGUGAUAGAUGAAGUGCAAGCGCUGUUGGUCGAAGUGAUCUCUGAAUACGAGGGACGAGGGCAACGAGAACAGCAUCAAGAAGCGACCCAUCUUCAAGGUCGUGUAGCUGCUCUACCACGUCAAGAAGAAGCUAUUGCAAAUAGAACCACUACAAGAAAUUGCUUCAUGAGUAAAGCAAGGAAAAGUCGACAAAAAAGUAGAACGAGCGCAGCACAACAAACCGGACAAAAUACCGGAAGAGGGGGUAAACUCGGUUUAGUUCUGAAACGUCGUGGUGGUGGGUCUGCUGCUGCUGGUGUUCGUGCCAGUCCAACGCAAACGCGAACAGCGGAUCCAGUACAGACGCAAGAAUUUAUACAUAAAAGGCGGAUAUCGAGAUCCAGAAGCACAAGUAGAGAUCGUAGCAUUUCUGGUGCUUCUCUACAACCUCUUCAGGAGGCACAGCAGGCACGUGAGUAUCCUAAGGCACGUGAGCAUCCACCGCGUAACUCUUCACAGCCAUCACAUGGAAGAAACGCCAAUCCGGGUCCAGGUGAGAUUUGUAUCGAAGUACAAAGCAACACUCUCCCUGUGCAGCAUGACGCUAAUACCUGUGGCAUCUGGGUGCUGCAUUACUUGCUUUAUGAGGUGAGCGUACAUGUGAGUCCACUUCCACCUACAAGCUUGAUCUUUUAAAUUCUGCUGAGAUCAUUACUCUGUCUUCCAGUAAUUACUUUACCAAAGAGAGUCUACAACGAACUCUUCUAUUUCAACACUCUAAUUCCCACACCGCAACCGUGCAGAAAGUUUUGACGCAUACAUGGCAGCUCUUCUACGCCAAACAGUGAGAGUCCGGAUGGAUGCCUGCACGCAGUAUAUCCGAUAUUCGUUGUUCUCGAACUUUGAGGUCUUGUCACAGGAUGCUGUCACACCAGGAGAACAGCUCACCGACACUGGUGGUGGGCAGGCUAUGAGUCAGUUAAGAUCAGACAAGAUAUGUGGAUGUGCACCAGGAGCAGAAGAAUAUGUGUAGCCGGUUAAUGUUGUUUCCAUUAAGAAAUAUGUACUGCCGGCGCAACAAAUGUGACUUCAUGAUCUUCCCUACAUGUACUUAUCUGUAUCGCGGCGUCUACUACGUCGGAGAGUCGCCUCCUCUUCUAAUCCUCAGCGACAGUGUCCUGCUUUCCGCAUCCGUCGACGCAAACGAGGAGAGCGACUUUAUUCAUGCCUUGAACAGUGGCUUUAUCGAGGCCUGGCGUGCGGAGCUGGCAGAUGCCCUUCUGGAAGAAAGACGAGAGAAUGAAUGUGACUGACACUUCCGAGACUGUGGCUCCUGACUGCUACUUCCGUGUAUAAUUUUUGUGUUUCAUUAUUCGAUGUAAUGAAGGCAUUUACUUACACAACCUUUUUUAUCGCUGUCUUGUCCUCGAAUAAUUUUUCAAAAAAAUGUGCCUGCAGCCACAAGAACGAAAGCGCAAAGCCAAAGAUUUUUUUUGCUGGAUAGAGAGAGUGAAAUUGUUUUUACUUAGUACCAAGAAAAGCAAUUGCAAUACUCACUACAAACAAUGCUAGCACUCCACCAAACAGACCAGAACGAUCCCAAAUGAUGCUAUCCGUAUGCAGAUGAGCCUCCGCAUGAUCGAAGCCAAGUUCAUUCACCAUCUCAAGCAAAGGUUAGCACAUUAUUUCCCUGUUGUGAAUAUAGAAACAUUAACAUCAAGCCAAAUGUUUUAAAUUUUGUUGACUGCAAAAUUCGCCGAGCACAACAUGCUGCGCAUAUGAAUGGACUGUAAUCACGACAGUUAGUGCCAAC